AUGGAGAAGAGUAUAUAAUACAAGUGUUACUAGAAAGUAUAUUAUAUUAAUCAACUAUAGCAUUAUUAGUAAGUAACAUCUAAACUGCACAAUUAACAAGGUGAAGCACAUUACUCAAUGUAUUCAUAUUAAUUGGUUUGUAGUAAUCAUCUACAUCUCAAACGAUUAGUAGGAGUUGUAACACAUGAAAUAAGGUGA